AUGGCGCUGCACAGCUGUACAUUAAAAUCAAGUUUGAAAUUUAGGAAAAAACGAGAACUGAAUUAUCAUCGGUUGCCUUUUGUUUCUUAUAGUUCGUAUGAGCUAGAAAUCAAAGAUUAUUGCAAUGUCAGGUCAGAAAUGAUGCUUUUACUGAGGAAUGGUGAACUUAUCAUGGGAUAUCCUAUCAGACAACCUUGUUCGGUUGCCUGCGAAGUCCAUCGCACGAUUCAGAAUGAUACAUAUACCUUUAGUUAUGAUCCAUCAUCGUCAAUAUGUAAGAGCUCUGGUCAUAUCAGAUACCCUUCUUUUAAAAUGGAAAUUGAGUUUUUUGGAUGUUGUAAUGGCUUGGUUUUGUUAAGGCAUAUUAAUGGGUUCAUGUCGCAUCUACUCAUCCUUUGGAACCCGACCACUAACGAGUGUAAGAAGUUACCAGAUCCAGCAACUGAAGAAAAGGUGCGCCUAAUGGAAUUAGUAGAAUAUGGAAUUGGUUAUGAUCACCAAAUUGAGGAUUUCAAAGUUGUACGUAUAGCGGUGGAUAGGUGUGAGGUUCAUGUGUAUACACUAAAAUCAAAUUCAUGGAGAAAACUUGAGGACAUCCAGAGUCAUUUGUUUUCCUACUUCUGA